GGAACUUAUUUCUCCACCCCUUGUUGCAUAAGGAACCUACGAGGUGGUAAAUGGCAUGUUGUUGCGGUUGUUGUUUCCCUGGGAGCUGAGUAAAGAACAAACUGAGUUCAAAAUUAAUCGAAUCCCAAGAAAAUAGCUGAAUAAAGAUUGCAAAAUGAGUAAAGAUGCACAGAUGAGAGCAACAAUAAACCAGAAGCUAAUUGAAAUGGGAGAAAGAGAACGCCUAAAAGAGUUGCUUAGAGCCAAACUUAUUGAAUGUGGAUGGAAGGACCAGUUGAAAGCACACUGUAAAGAUGUGAUCCGGGAAAAGGGAUUGGAACAUGUGACAGUUGAAGAUCUGGUUGCAGAAAUUACUCCAAAAGGCAGAGCUCUUGUUCCAGACAGUGUGAAAAAAGAACUACUGCAGAGAAUAAAGGUCUUUUUAGCCCAGCAUGCCACCCUAUGAAUGUGGCAGUAAUAAGCUUUGGUGCCAUUGUCUUUUGUUUUGAGCUGCAGUGCUCAAUCUGAAGCUUUAGAAGGAUACUCAUUUUGUUGUACUGCAACUUUGACAGUUUUUGAUAUUGCCAAUUUUUUGGGGGGAUUAACUAAUAGUACAGUAACAUUUUAAUAAUAAAAAAAGAAAUAUCUUGUGUGAA